GACGGCAGUGUGUAGCUCCACCUUUCAGCUCCACGGCUUGGUUCCACAACGGAGGAGUACUGAAAAUAGAAACGUCUCAGCGCCCUUAUUUUGGGAACACUGCCCAACUUUUGAAAAUGGGAACGCCAAUCUAGGCGGACUAUGCCGAACCGAGCCGCUCCGCUCGAUGUUAACGAGGCUCUAUUUUCAGUACUCCUCCUCUGGGGUACCAAGAAGUGGAGCUGAAAGGUGGAGCUACACACUCCCGUUCGUUGAUUGGUCGAAAGAAUCGUAACUUCCGGGCAACAGUGGAUUAAAUCCAACACACACAGUACCCGACCCGUGAGGUAUCUCUGCACAACGGAAAUGUCUCGCAAAGGUAUGGUUUGGACGAACCGGGAGGUGGAAACGUUCCUCUGCAUCUUAGGGGAGGAAGACGUUCAGAGGGAUCUGGAUGGAGCAGCGAGGAAUGAGAAGGUCUUCCAGCUGGUAUCUCAGAAAUUGUUGGACGCAGGCUUCGAGAAGAACACUGAGCAGUGUCGCCAGAAAUCCAAGAAGCUCCGGGCCGACUAUCGGAAGGCUAAAGACCACAACAACCAGAAUGGCGACUACAGGAAGAUGUGGAAGUGGUUUAACAUGAUGGACGCUAUCUACGGACACCGACUGGAGAGUAAAGGAACAGAGAUCGACACGGCCAACUCCAUGCUGGAAUCCAAGUUACAACCUAUCGCCACCGAGCUCACCUCGCCUGCUGAAGGAUCAAGGCGAGCGAUGAGGGCUGCCUAUCAGGCCCCAAGCCUCUCCACUCGAUUAAAGGAGCCCAAUCCCGAGGAGCUCUUUCUUCUGAGUCUUGCCCCCAUGCUCCAGUCCCUCGAACCCGAGAAGCUUUCAGAGGCGAAAAUACAAAUUAUGUCUGUUAUUCACCGAGCACAAUUUAAUUAAAACUAUUUCAGACUUUCUCACAAGUUCCUUUUCACGCCCCCAAACUAUUACAUUAACUACAUUUGUCCUCUUUUGACAAAAUGUAUAAGCACUAUUCACCUGUUUUCACACAAACUGCAGAUUUGAGAAACCCCAAGACAAAUAUAAAGCAGAGAAUCCUGUUUUAUUUGUAAACAUCCAUUACAUAUUCAGGACUCUAGUCAUUACAACUAAACACAAUUUGCACAGUCCUCAAGAUGUAAACAAUAUCAAGCUUGACUGUUCAACCAUCUGAUGCAUAAAAGGGCCACAGGGGAGUUGACCCAUUUGAAAAAAGGGAUAGCAAUGAGGGCUAGAAGAAGAGGGAGUGUGAAUGAGUGGUGUUAGACGAGGAAAAGUGUAAGGGGAUUCGCCUAUGUACUGGAUCGUCCCGUAUUGAACCAUAAAUUGUACAUACUGAAUCAAUACAGUGCGAUUGUUGUUUGGAAGGUAAAUCCUUCCAAUUUACACAAGAAAUCAGUCUUCCUUUCAUCUAUUGGGAUUUACAAAGGGGAGAAAAGGAAACGGAUGGGGAUUUACCAGCACACACGGUUAAAACAAGAAUAAUACAUUGAGGACCCAUGAAAGAUACAAUCCCCAAAAUGACUGAGAUAUCCUUGAAAAUAACAAAUCUUGAGUGACAUUAUUUAUGAAAACACGCAACGUUUUUGUACGGGCAGAGGCAUACUUCAAACAGACUGGUAAUGUGUUCAUGUGACCACCAGAGGGAAGUUUACACAAGGCCGUUCUGAGUUCAACCAUCGCUCUGAAUGUCUAAAUAACCUCCUAGGUUAGACCGCCCAUCAGUCUAUGAAGGUAUUAUUGUAGCAAAAGUCUUUAACACCUGUAACUGCAAGAUAACUAAGAUUUUGAAUGCGUACACCAAAGUCACAGUCAAUUUGAAGUAAAUAAGUCUGUUACAGGUGCACAAAUCUUUUUGCUACAAUCAUUGCAGCGCAGUUGGUGCAAAACACAUUCGCACACCCGUGUUUCAUAAUCUGAGAACAUGCCCAAAAUGUAUGAAGGUAUUAUUGUGGCAAAAGUCUUUAGCACCUGUAACUGCAGAUUUUGAAUGAGUACACUAAAGUCACAGUAAAUUUGAAGUCGUAAACAUUUAUUUUGCAUGUGUACUCUAAAGUCACAAAUGUGUAACCGUACAUUUGAAGUCGUAAAUAUUUUUUCUACCAUUGUAAACACAAAAUAAGGUCUACGAGUACGCAAGUCUGUGUUACAGGUGCACAAAUCCUACAAUCAUUGCAGCGCACUUGGUGCAAAACACAUUCGCACACCCGUGUUUCAUAAUCUGAGAACAUGCCCAAAAUGUGUGCGUUCGUAAACCCAAAUGUGAACUAAUGUACAAUGAUCUAACCAUCACACAAUGAUCAAGCGUCAGGUUAGGCGCGGUACUCGCGUUAUCCAACACGAGUAACGCGUUUGGUGUGGCCGUAGCGUCACACACAAUGAUCAAGCGUCAGGUUAGGCGCGUUACUCGCGUAAUCUAACGCGCUUUUGCACCUAAAUAACGCACCCAACUCGCCCAACGCACUACGCGCAUUCCAAUUUUCUUUACUUUUGACGCGCCUCGAUAGCCAAUCAGCGUUGAGCUUGACCCGAUGUCACUGGCUGAGUGACGGAGGACGCACAGAAGCGGAAAGAACGUGGACGACCAAGUUAUCAUUUCAGUGUGUGCUGAAACGAUGAGGAGGUGGAUCUCACCCAGCUGUGAGCGCCUACGGAGGAUGUCAUGCACUAGAGUUUAGAUUCUCUGCCCGAUAUUUCCCACCACUAUCCUCGGGCCGGGCCUUUCAUCGAACGUUUGUUGUUGUUUUUUAAUCAUUGCUUUAUUGGCCUCAUCUGAGCAGAAAUCUAUGCCAUGAACUGAAAUAUUAUAGGCCUUUAUUACACAGGUCUUCUCAAAGGAAUGCUCCGUUCACUUGAAUAGCUCCAGUAACUUGUGAACCCCAGCGUCUUCGGCUGCUAAGCGACGUCAACGUCUUUGGCAGACUAUUUCUCUACUAAUCAACACUACGAAUGCUGGUAACUACUAAAUUGUAAAAAGACACACCAUGUGAAGUUAUUUUUUCGUUUUGGCAAGUAUAGCCUUGUAAUAAGCGGGAUAAUGUAUAGAAGGUCGCCGGUCAUUAUCGAAAAUAAGCACCUUCAGGGUGAAACAGACCCCUCCGCUUGGCGGGCUCAUCUUGCUGCAUAGGCGCGUCAGGCGCGUUGAACCAUUUUUGUGACACACAAUGAUCAAGUGUCAUGUUAGGCGUGUCACGGGCGUAAUCUAACGCACGUACGCGUUCAGUGUGGCCGCACCUUGAGUUUGUAUUCUGUCCCUCUGGUAUAACUAUCCAAAGAAGAGUGUUUUGUUUGUUUGGUUGGUUUCGAGGUGUUGGUACUCCGGGGCUGACUCGACAGGUUGAGUGCAUGUCCCAACCACUCACUGCAUCAGUUGAAAACUCUUAAUAAAAAAUGUCAAGUAUUUAUUAAAAUGUCAAUACCUAAAUCUAUCAUUUUGUGUUCAAUUGUUGCAGCCUACUCCCAGUGUAGUGAGUUAUUUAUACCUGGUGCUGCGUGUACUUAAGGCUCAGACCGCCUAUUUAUCUAAGCAGGAAACUAAGGCCGCACUUACACCCUCUUUUGCUGGUUUUUCGUACUGGAUUGUUUCAUGUCUAAGCUCCAUGUCAAUACGUUCUCUGAACAAACUCCUCAAUGCAGCCACCUUCAUGGAGCUGUCAACUGAUUGGAGCCGACUUCAGCAUGCCUAACUUUACUCUGAGUAAUGAUCGAUCUGGAAACAAAGGAAUAUUGAUAACUAGCUUUACCUUUAGAAGUAGGCCUAUGAGGGGGACCAUAAUGGUGCCACUCCUUGACAUUCAACAUAGGGGCGAAUCCGGCUGUGAACCGGCCCUCGUUGAGGAGGCAAUCCGACAUGAAGUGGUUAUCAUCACACAUGCUAAAAUAAGUGUUAGGGUUAGUGUUAACUGUGGUCGGGACGUUGCCAUUCAAAAUAAAGGGAUCCCCUCUGUCCUGUCGUUUUUGGGAUUUGGGGGAAUGUGCAGAAGCAGCUUCACCAUCUAGACAUACCAUAGCGUUAUAUGUGAGUGAAAAGGUCAACUUUCUCUCGGCCGCAAUCAACUGUUGCCCAGACAGAGCUCUGCACGCUCUUCACAGAGAAUCUAAUGUCUUUGGAACGAGAGUGGUUAUUCACCUGAGAGAAGAUGGAUUAUGCAAAUUCCCAAGACAUGACGUCACAGACGUUCCCUUAGGAACCUCUUAUCAAACUUGUUCCUAACAAAACUUCAAAACAACGCUCCAAAGAAACAGGACGAUUGCUAAGAAGAAAAUAAUCAGCCAUUUUCCGUGAUUCUUCCUCUUUGAGUUUGAGACAUCCAAAAAGGGCAUGAAAGGGAAGAUGAGGAGAUGUCUCUCUGAAUCCUAGAGGCAUAAUUUGCAUAUACCGUAAAUCCCAUAUACGGUUUAC